GCUGUGAAAGUUAAAAUGUUGGCAUCUGGCAGUGACCUUGUAGUGGAGCACCUGGAUGUUGAAGACUCUCCUGUUCCAGAGGAGCUGAACAUAACAUGUACAUCUUGCAAAGCAAUGAUGCAAAAUCUUGGCACUCUGUUUAGUGUGAAGUUCAAGACCAAAGCCUCAAAGGCUGUGAGUGAAAUUCUUGUGAGAAGGUUAAUGAGCGAUAUCUCUGGUAUGGUUCAACCUUCUCAUUCAUUUAGUACCACUCCAAGCUUGAUGAAUGCAUCUAGCCCAUCUGACAGGAUCCUUGAUUCUGCGGCCACUGAGCUCAUACAGACCAAAGUAGAAUCUGAGGCAUCAAAAAUAAUUGAUAACUUUGUUGAAGAUGUCAAGGACAUUGUGCAGUAUGCUGAAUUAGAUCAGCCAACAAGCACCCAGAGAGAUACCCAAGUGGGACACUGUACGACAAAGCGGAAACCCUUCCAUGCAGCUCGUAGACUCUGCGAGAGACUUCAGGCAAAGCUGGAGACAUUGUUCCUCAGAAUGGGUGGAGCUCCAGUCCAAGGGGAAGAACUUAUGGAAAAAGCUGACUCCAGUGCUGUGCUUCUGGAACAUACUGACUCCAGUGAUCUGCCUGUUUCAAUCCUGAGCUUGCCUUCCCCAUGUAGGAGUGAAUCCCCUAUAUCAGAACGUAGUUCAUCUUCUUUAUCUGAUGGAUGUGAUUCAACUGACUCUGUAGGAGAGAAAACACCAGAGCAACCUGAAACCAGUAAGAGUGAGGCAAUACUGCAAGUGGUCAACUCAACGGGACUUGGUUCUCUCCGUAAAUGCCAAAGUGAGAACUCUCAACCAUUACUGUCUCUCUGUAAUUCCAACAUGGUGCCCUGCACCAAAGAGGUCUUGUCCCAGAUUGUGACCAUGUAUAGGUCAGAGGUGGCAGAUUUGGAAUGCACAUCAUCUGUUGCAGAGGGUUCCUCUUACAACUCCCUUGAAGUCUGUGGCUUUUUGGACAGUGUCAUGUCUUAUCUAGAAGACAUGCCCGUGUCUGGUUCUUCAUGGUUGGAAGGAUUAAGAGAUACUCCAGCCUCAGUCAUUGAGAAACUCUCCAGUGAGGAGUUCCAGAUGAACGCUACCAACGAAGUGCGAAAAAUACUGAUCAAAUCAGUCAGUAGCUUUCCCAGCAAAGUCAGUUCCAGCCAGACAGAUUCUCAGAUGUUGCCAGCAAAAUCAACAAUUUCCUUAAGGCAUACAGAUAUAACUGCUUUUGAAAUCGUUGGAUCAAUUACAAAUGACAUGAAGAGCCUUUUCCCACCCACAGAGUCUUCUACUACUCUAUGGCAGGCAGACUCUAUGCUUCAACAGAGUGAUGAGAAAACCUCAGAGUACACUGAGGCCACACCCAAAGGCUCACAGUCUGGUUUGGAAGUAUCUGAGAAGAAGAUCUGGACAACUGCAAAGACUAUUUACCACAAUGUGAAGACAAAGAUGAGGAAUUAUUUUACAUGGCAAAAUCAAGUCAAAGCAACAACGGCUCAAGCCAAAAAGACCCUCAGCCAUAUUCUGGUUUCAAUUCAGAAAGAGCUGUCAAAAUCUGACCAAACGGUGACUGCGCUUUCACAAAUAGAGAAUGUAGUUGGAAUGAUGCUGAAGGAUGUUGAAAGGGUAAGCAGUGAAUGUGGUGAGGAACCGAUCUAUCAAGCGCCACAGCGUUCUUCCUCCUCGUUGUCAUCCUCAUCUGCCAGAUCAAAGAAGUCAGAGUGGGAAUAUUCACUCCCUGGCACUCCCAUCUCUUCUGAUUUACCAGAGAGUAUUACUCAGCCCAUUGUGAGAUGCUCAGUCAUCGACAUGGGCAAAUCUACUAAGCCAAAAACAUUGGUGUGUGAUGCCAGGGAAAGCAUGUCUGCAAUAGUGGAUACCAUCAUAAAGGAGGUACAUCCAGAGGAAGAAGGGGAGGUUGCAUUCCACCCUGAUCUAACAGCUGCAAUAGCAAGACUGGAGGAGCUCAUAUCUCAGGGUAGGAUUGGUGCUCUCUCACGUGAUCUUACUCACCAAGUCAACCGCAUCAUUUCUGAGAGCAACUUGACCCCUCUGGUUCUGACAGUGGCGGCUGGAAAGAGUGUAUCCGAUACAGUCCUUACUGAGCUGAAGAGGAAUGACAAGACGGUGGGGAAGCCCACAGCUUACAAGCUGGUUCAGCUUUUUGCAGAGGAGUCUGUGAAGCGCCUCUUGCUUCCUAGCCUUGUGCCCUCUACAGCUUCAAUGAGUUUGGCUACAUCAGCAUUUAGUGACACAGUCAGCCUGUUUACCAAAGUAAUGGUAAGCCAGGUCAUGGACUCUGUGGUUUCUGAUGAACAAAGCAGAGGGUCAUCUCCAACCGGAACUGUAACUGAUAUAGGCAGUCUACUGAGUGGUAAGUCCUACCCUCUGCCAUCUUUCUCCGCCAUCAGCAUGACAACAAGUGGGACCUCCAAUGCUGCACGAGGCUUUGAGGCCAACAUAGAUGCUGAGGAAAGGGAUACCAUCAGUUGUUUCGGUGUACCUCAGAGCAUUGUUUGCGAUCAGAAUUCAACCAGCCCGGAUGUUGCCUCGCUUUCAACCCCAUCCACUGACAACUUAGUCGGUGAUGAUGACUUCACCGGCCUCAUCAGCAUGUUAGUGGUGAGACUUCUGUCAAAAAUCCAAACCCAAACUGAUCUGUACCCAACUGACGUCACACGCACGUCACAAGACCUGAUUCCAAAAGUUAUAGCUGCCUUCUGUGCAUGGUCAGGCUGCUCUGAGACCCAAGCUUAUCCCAAGAACCUGAAGAGUCACAAAGUAUACAGCACCGUCUACAAACAUCUGUUGAAGGAGUUUGGCUCAGAGAAAAUACUCCAACUGGCCGUGUCGACUCAGGACUCCACAUUCAAUAAGAUUCUUGUGAAGUCAUUGAGCAAGGAGCUUCUCCAUAGUUGUAACGAGGCAUCAAGAGCAGCCUCAAGAACAUCUUUCGAAGCCACCAGGCCAGAAGCUCUUCUCAUGGCUGAAGAUGUGAAGGCUACCAGAGGGAAGCUGUCUUUCCUACAAAGGCUUGCCAGACUGAAAUUCGACUUAAAGCCAUUCAUGAUGGGAAACAAGAAGGAUUCCAAGAAGAAUUCCCGCCAUUCUGAAUCCAAAGACCAGACUACUGCUGAAGAUAUCAUGUUGGCACAUCCUGGACUCCCAGAGGGUCUUCCCUCCACCUCUCAACAGGAGAAGCCUCGAAAACGUCCCCUUCUAAUCAGGAUGUUUUCCACCAUCUCCAUAGGCCUAUCCAAGCCAUUCAAACAGUUUUCAAAGCAAGCUUAAUACAACCAUUUCCUUUAAUACAGUAAUAUUUGCAUUAAAUUGAUGGCCUUUGUCUUCUUUUGUGUUGCCCUGUUAACACAUUUGAUUAGAAAAUACAUAGUAUAUUUAGUUUAGUUUAUUAUGCAGUCAUAGUCACGGUGUAGGCUAAACAAAGUAAUGUUGUCCUGAAUAAUGUAUAGAACAUGCACCCCCCCCCCCCACCCACACACACACAGUGUGAUUCAUUGAACACACACACAUAGGACUUCAGAUAUGUCCCACAACCAACAUUCAACCAGAUAUCAAUGAUUCAGUGUAAAAUACAUGUACUGUACAAUAAACCGUAUUUAAUUUACAACCAAUCAAAUAAUACAUGAUGCAGGACACAAUAACCAAGCCGUACUGUCAUCUUCAGACUCCGGUUUUGGGACUUAUUUCAGGCCUAACAUCGCCACGAACGUCCACAUUCGUCUUGGAAUUGCAAGCAGUCAUUCGCGGUUUCCAUCCGCACGGCCAUGGCGGCACAUAAACCAGUGGAAUGGGUUCAGGCGGUGAUAAACAGAUUCGACGAGCAGGUUGCAGGAGCUGACAGUUGCUCAGAAGACACUGUGGAUGUGCACGAUAUAGAGCUCAUGCAGUACAUCAACGUGGACUGCUCCAAACUUAAAAGACUGCUCCAAGAAACGGUAUUAAAAUUCAAAGCCCUGAAGAAACCUGGCCAACUUGCUGUCAUUAACAGUUUGGAAAAGGCCUUUUGGAACUGGGUAGAGAACUACCCUGAUGAGUUUACCAUGCUCUACCAGAGACCACAGACAGACAUGGCAGAUGCUGCGGAGAGGCUGUUUGACCUGGUGGACAGCUUUGCUGAGAAUGCCAAGAGGAAGGCAGCGGUGUGGCCUCUACAGAUCAUCCUCCUCAUCCUCUGUCCCGAGAUCACACACAUCAUCUCUCAAGAGGUGGUGGAGGAGAGCAAGGCCAACAAGAAGCUGUUCCUGGAGAGCUUGAGGAAGGCUCUAGCAGGCCAGGGGGGCAGCAAGCAACUAACAGAGAGUGCAGCCAUCGCCUGUGUCAAACUGUGCAAGGCCUCCACCUACAUCAACCGGGAGGACCACUCAGGCAUCUUCCUCCUGGUGCAGUCCAUCGUGGUGAACCUCAAGGCCCUGCUCUUCAACCCCACCAAGCCCUUCUCUCGCGGGGCAGGCAGCCAGAAUGCAGACGUGGACCUCAUGAUCGACUGCUUCGUCUCCUGUUUCCGUAUCAACCCUCACAACAAUCAGCACUUUAAGGUCUGUUUGGCCUCCGCCUCCCCCUCUACCUUUCACUUUGUCCUGGUCAACUCCCUGCACAGAAUCAUCACCAAUUCUGAUCUGGACUGGUGGCCUAAGAUUGAUGCAGUGUACUGCUACUCUGGAGAGCUGCGACUAAUGUUCUCAGACACUCUGAGCCGAGUGAUGCAAGGCCUUCACACACAUGCCCCACUACGCAUGACGCCGACUCUGUCAUUUAAAGAGAAAAUGACCACCAGCCUUAAGUUCAAAGAGAAAACCACAGACCUGGAUACACGCAGCUACAAGUGCCUCCUCCUCGCUCUGGUCAAACUCAUCCACGCUGACCCCAAACUCAUGCUGCACAACCCAGGGAAGCAGGCUCAGGAGACCCAGAGCAGCACAGCAGAGCUGAUCGCAGGCCUGGUGCAGCUGGUGCCCUUGGUCAGUACAGCCCAGCUUUCCCAGGAGGCCAUGGAGGCUCUGCUGGUGCUGCACCUGCCUGAGACCAUUGAGCUGUGGAACCCUCAGGCCCCCAUUGAAACCUUCUGGGACAUCAGCUCCCUGGUUCUCUUCCUGAUCUGCAAGAAGCUGAUUGGUCACCAGAUGGUGAACAGUACAGAGGUGUUGAAGUGGCUGAGGGAGAUCCUUAUCUGCAGGAACAAGUUCCUCCUAAAGAACAAGGAGUGUGCCACGCAGGGCAGUGGAAUCCCCAUCUGCAGACAGGCCCAGACCAAACUGGAGGUGUGUCUAUACAUGUUUCUGUGGAGCCCUGACACCGAGGCCGUGCUGGUGGCCAUGUCCUGUUUCAGACACCUGUGUGAGGAGGCUGACAUCCGCUGUUCCGCUGACGAGGUGCUCGUCCAGAGCAUCCUGCCCAACUACGCCACCUUCACAGAGUUCGCCUCCGUCAGCAACAUAAUGGCCACCGGACGUUUCACCCUGCAGAAGAGAGUGAUGGCCUUGUUGAGAAGGAUAGAGCACCCCACUGCAGGAAACACUGAGGCAUGGGAGGACACGCAUGCAAAAUGGGAGCAGGACACCAAACAGAUUCUGAACUUUCCCAAAAACAAGGAGUGGAUCAACAUGACAGGCUUCCUGUGUGCUCUGGGUGGGGUGUGUCUGUCCCAGCACAACAAGCCCUGUGGCCCCACCACCUACAGCCCCCCCAUGGGCCCCAUGAGCGAACGCAAGUACUCUAUGGUCUCUGUGGGCGUCUGUGAGGUCUCCAACGCUGCAGCUGGAGCCUCAGCCACCUGCUCCUCCUCUUCCUCCACUGAAACCCCCCUGGGCAGGUUCCUGGACCGCCUGCUAGUCCUGCUGGUAUGUGGUCAUGAGAGGGUGGGUCUACACGUCCGCACCAACGUCAAGGAGCUGCUGGGGCUGGAGCUCAGCCCGGUCCUGUACCACAUGCUCUUCAACAAGCUAAGGAACAGCAUCGGACGCUUCUUCGACACAGGGGCCACAGGUCCCCAUCAAUGACACUAACACACAGUUUGUGGAGCAGACCAUUGCCAUCAUGAAGAACCUACUGGAUAACCAUGCUGAGGGCAGCUCAGAGCAC